GGGCUAUGACCCGUUUUUCCGAGAAGCUCCGUUUCUCCUCCUUGUUCCUCAAACCGACCCGCUUUCUCGCUCUUGUUUCUCUCUCCACUCUCCAUUUCUGCAAGUCCCUUGCUCGCUUCUUACUUUCCCAAACCCUACCCUUUCUCGCCAUGGACAACCUCUUCGCCAAUAACGCCGACUACUUCGCCGACGACUUCGAUUCCACCUAUCAACUUCGCCCCCACCGUCGCUUCCUCCAAGAGGAUGACCGCGAUUUCGCCGACGAGAGGGUCUACUUGCUUCCCUACCGGUGGUGGAUAGAAGUAGAAAGAGAAGCUGAUCGUGUAGAAGGUGUUCUGUACACGGUGUUGUCCAAUUCUGAUUCUGACUCUGAAAUUUUGUUGCAUCUGAGGAAGGAAGAGGAUCGCAAGAAGAUUGAAAAUUUGGAAGCGGGGUUUUCAGGCCGUCAAUAUGCUUUGGUUCCUGAAGGAAUGUGGUUGCGUGCUCUCAAACGGUAUAAUGAUAUUAAUAAUGCAGUGAAAGAUUUUGGGAGCCACUUCUAUGCAGAGGACUGUUUUCCAGAUUUGUUCCCCUUGCAAGUUAGGAUUUUUGUUUCAUGGGAAACCAGUUCACUGGUAGCGAAGAUAAGCCUAAAGGAAAAUGUGGCUGACUUCUACAAGAAAGCUUGUGACAUUUUCAAUUCUGAGCAUAACCCAGUGCAUAUUUGGGACUUUUCUGGGCAGACAACCCAGUUCUUCAUAAAUGACAAAGUUAGUUUUCCUAACAAUUCUACUGGUCAACCUAAAGAGGUUCUUCUGGAGUUACAAGUUCAUGGAUUUUCAGACUUUGUGAGGGUUAAUGGGAGCAAUAAGAUGAUUACAGAUAGGUCUCAGAUGGAAUGUUCUUCUCACAGUGGCUCUGUUAUGAUGAAUGGAAGCACUGACCAUGUGAUUCCCCAUGUAACAGCAACCAAUUAUUUUCAAGGCAGUAGCUAUAGAGCAAUUCGAUCUUUGGGCUUGACAGGAUUACAGAAUCUUGGAAAUACUUGCUUUAUGAAUAGUGCCAUUCAGUGUUUGGCUCACACCCCGAAGCUUGUUGAUUUUUUCCUUGGAGAUUACCGUAAAGAGAUAAAUUAUGAAAAUCCCUUGGGAAUGAAUGGAGAACUUGCUUUAGCUUUUGGAGAUUUACUUAGAAAGCUGUGGGUUCCUGGAGCAAGGCCUGUGGCGCCAUCAAUGUUCAAGAUGAAACUUGCUAAUUUUGCCCCCCAGUUUAGUGGUUAUAGCCAACAUGACUCUCAAGAGCUUCUUGCUUUUUUGUUGGAUGGAUUGCAUGAAGACCUUAACCGUGUAAAACGCAAACCAUAUCAUGAAGUUAAGGAUGCAGAUGGCCGUCCAGAUGAAGAAGUGGCAGAAGAGUAUUGGAGAAAUCACCUUGCUCGUAAUGACUCCAUAGUAGUUGAUUUGUGCCAAGGUCAGUUCCGUUCGACAUUGGUUUGCCCUGUUUGCAGGAAGGUUUCUUUCACAUUUGACCCUUUUAUGUAUCUAUCUCUGCCUUUACCUUCUACAACAAUACGGACCAUGACUGUGACUGUCAUGAGCACUGAUGGGAUUACAUUUCCUAUCCCACUUACUGUAACAGUGCCUGAAUGUGGAACACUUGAGGAUCUUAUUGGGACCUUAAGUGUGUCUUGUUCUCUAAGAGAUGAUGAAACCCUCUUGGUGGCCGAGAUAUACAGGAAUAAGAUUUUUCGAAAAUACGGUCCAUCUGAUUCAUUAGCUGAUAUUAGAGAUCAAGACACACUUGUUGCUUACCGAAUACAAAAGUAUAAUGAAGCUAGUCCCCUUUGUUUUUUCGUACAUGAACGUUUGGUGGAAAAUUCUGCGAAGGAGGGGAUUGAAAAUAGAUUGUUUGGCAUUCCAGUUGUGGCAAGUUUGUCCAGUAUUUCUUGUGGAUAUGAUGUUCGUAAGGAGUUUCUGAAGUUAAUCAAUCCAUUUCUGCUCCCCAAUGAAGAUAUGUUAGAUGAGUAUGAUGAGGAUGAUGGUGUAAAUAAAAAACUUAGUGAAGAUGAUGGAUUGGCCGAUAUGACUAGCUCUGCAGCAAUGGGAAGUAAUGCAGAUUCAAACAGUGGAACAGAAGAUGACAUACAUAUGUGCGCUGACUUUGAAUUCUACUUACCUGCUGGGUCAGGAAUAGAAAAUGUCAAGAUAACAUUGAGUGAACCCUUACCAGUCACAGUUUUGUCCAGAGAUCUGGAUGUGUUUGUCUUAUGGUCAGAUAAGAUGCUUAAAAAGUAUGAUACAUACCGGCUUGGCUCCUUGCCUGAGGUUUUCAAGACCCAACUAUUGACCAAGAGAACGCAAGAGUCAGUUUCUAUUUACAAGUGCCUUGAAGCGUUCUUGAAAGAGGAACCUCUUGGGCCAGAAGACAUGUGGUACUGUCCUACCUGCAAAAAACCUCGGCAAGCAACUAAAAAACUAGAUCUUUGGAGAUUGCCUGAAAUCCUUGUUGUUCAUUUGAAGAGGUUCUCAUACAACCGAUUCUUCAAGAACAAGCUGGAAACAUUCGUUGACUUCCCAAUUAAUGAUCUGGACUUUGCAACCUAUGUUACCCACAGGAAGAGUCAGUCGUCCAAGCGCUAUGUUUUGUAUGCAAUUAGUUGUCACUAUGGAGGGUUAGGAGGAGGUCAUUAUACAGCGUUUGUCCAUUAUGGCCAUGAUAAAUGGUACGAGUUUGAUGAUAGCAGGGUUGCCCCUGCUAGUGAGGACAUGAUAAAGACUUCUGCUGCAUAUGUUCUUUUCUACAAGAAGGUUUAGAUGAAAACUUCUGAUGCAAUUGUCUAAUUAGUCAUAGCAACAUGGAAAGGUUGAGGCUUUUUAGACGUUUUGCGCCUAUACAAUUGUCUGACUUUCUCAAAAUUGCUGCUUAAGCGGUACCGGUUCGGUUUUACUGAGAUAAAGUGAAGAGAAAAGCAAAGGAUAUAAUAUUGUACAGCUUUUAGAAGCCACAGGGAAAAGAGGGUAGAUUUUAAAAUUUUAAGCCCGGUGGAUAGAUUAUUACACCUUUUGUUCGACAUGUAUAUAUGCAUGCUGGAAAUUUUUAACCAAUUUUUUUUAGCUCAUGUAGUUUGCUUUCUUUUUAACCCAUGAUUAUAGAUAAAAAAAUUACACAUUUUUGUCUCCUUAGUUCAUAUCAUUUUUCGUAAUGCUCUUCGGUUAGACCAAUUUUUACAGUGCUUUUAUG